AUGUCAACCCAAACCCCAGCCAGCCCCACUAGCGCUGCGAUCGCACCUCUGAAUCCAACAGCGGCAUCCUUCAGCAUGCCCUCCCAAAAUGAAGGUACACUCGCCAACGGCAUCGUGUCACCGUCUCCGUCUUCAAAUGGGGCCAUCGAUCGAUCCAAGGACUCGAAAAGGUCGAAAGCUAGUAGACCUGAUGCAGCUGCCCGAACGACGACCGAACAAAACAUCGCUGAAGCGGGCGCCGGUGUCAAAUUAACAGGGGCGGAACUCAAGAAACAAAAGGCGGCCGAAAAGGCAGCCAGAAGGGCGGAAAAAGUUGCACAGAAAGGAUCGGAAGCACAAGCGCAGAAUACAAGCAACUCAAGCGUGAAAGCAGAAUCUCACCAACGUCGUCCCUCGACCACAAAACGUGAAAGUGACACAGGGAGCACUCACCACAAGCGCACGCUGUCGUCGAGCGGCGGCAAGGGCCUUCCCCUGCGUCCGGGCCAGCAGCAAAACCAACAACAAACGUCCACAGCCAGCAACGAGAAACUGAAGCACUCCGAGGCCAAACGAGUGAGCAUGUUCUCUCACUUAUAUCCAAAGGAGAAGCGGGCCACUCUGGCUAGUGCGGGCCGUGAGAUACACCCGGCAGUCCUCUCUCUGGGCCUUCAGCUACGCGACUAUGUGAUUUGCGGCGGCAAUGCACGCUGCGUGGCCACGCUCCUGGCUUUCAAGAAGGUCAUCCAGACAUACACGACACCUCCAGGCGUGGCACUCUCUAGACACCUGCUGACACAUCUGAAUCACCAAAUUGCAUACCUUCGCAAUGCCCGACCCCUGAGCAUGUCCCAAGGCAAUUCUAUCCGGUGGCUGAAGAACCUGAUUUCAACGCAGCCAGUGGACGCGACGGACAGCGAAGCCAAAAAGAGUCUCUGCUCCGAGAUAGACCGGUUCAUUCGCGAGCGUAUCACGCUGGCUGACGAGGUCAUUGCCCGCGAAGCCGGGAGUAGGAUCGACAAUGGCGAAGUCAUCCUGACGUACGGGAAGAGCAGUGUUGUUGAGAAGACGCUGAUUGCCGCGCACCGGGCGGGUAAAGACUUUCGAGUCAUCGUCGUCGAUAGCCGACCAAUGUUCGAGGGAAGAAAUCUGGCGAGGUCCCUCGUCCGCGCUGGGCUGAAGGUGCAGUAUUCAUUGCUCAACGCCUUGAGCGAUGUGGUGGACCAGGGCUCCGGAGUUGUGACAAAGUGUUUUCUGGGCGCAAGUGCGAUGCUCGGGAAUGGCGCACUCCAAGCACGUGCUGGCAGUGCCAUGGUCGCAAUGAUGGUCAAGGAGUGCAGUCGGAACCGUAGCCGGAAUGUGCCAGUCAUUGUGCUCUGUGAGACGGUCAAGUUUACGGCCAAAGCGGCGCUGGACAGCGUGAUUAUGAACGAAGUCGGUGAUGCGGAUGCGUUGAUCGAAGUACACCAGUCCAACGUGUUGAGUUCGGCGGCGGCAAAAAAACAGGACCAGAACUCCGCAAAGAGCGGCGGAAGGAAAGGUGCGACCAAGGACAAGGACGAUGAGGACGAGGACAAGGCCGCCGGAUCGACAAAGGGGUUGGAGGGGUGGAAGGACCAGCAGGGGCUGUAUCUGUUGAAUCUAAUGUACGACGUCACACCGGCAGAGUACAUCGAUGCCGUGGUAUGUGAGCUUGGAAGCCUGCCACCCAUGGCUGUCCCCGUCGUUAAUGGCGUCCAUGGGGAUGACCAGGCUUUGGCAUGA